UCAGAUGCUAGUUCAUUUGUGUAGAUGACGUGUAGCAGAUUUUUGUAAUGUCUAUUACGGUCCGGAUCGGUGAAAAAAGCUACUAAUUCCGGUAUCCCGGUAAUUAUUACAAGGAUAAAAAAGUUGUUUUCGUUUGUUUAAAGCGAGUUAGAUAAGGUUUUACUAGAAGGAAUAGUUUCACGAAAAACGUAAAUGAUAUCGCGAAAAUGGCUCUAAUGACUAUGAUAGCGCGGGUUGUCGACGGUCUUCCACUGGUUGGAACAAUGCAGGAAGAUGAACAGUCAGGUCGAAGUGUUCUAGAGUACCAGAAUCAGGCAAAAAUGCUUUUUCGAAAGCUAGGACCAAAUUCUCCAACUAGAUGUAGUAUCGAAACAGGUCCAUAUCUAUUCCACUACCUAAUUGAAAAUGACGUCUGCUAUCUGGUACUCUGUGAUAAGAUGUUUUCUAAACGUAUCGCCUUCAAUUAUCUGGAAGAUAUCUCCCAAGAAUUCCAUAAAACCUUCGGCCGAAAGGUUAAUUCGGUUACACGACCGUACGCUUUCAUUGAAUUCGAUAUCUACAUUCAGAAGGCAAAGAAAUCUUUAACUGACCGGCGAAGGAACAUCAAUACCAUAAACACCCAAUUGCAGGAUGUUCAGAGGAUUAUGGUCCAGAAUAUCGAUGAUGUACUUCAGCGUGGGACAGUUCUAUCAGAGCUAGACACAAAGACACAGAAUUUGUCAAUGUUGUCUCAGAAGUAUAAAAAAGAUGCCACUUAUUUGAAUCGAAAGUCACUGUACGUGAAAGGAGCGGUUGCUGGGAUUGUUAUUAUCGUGUUUGUUUUAUACUUUUGGGUUCUUUAAGCUUACGAAACUAUGGGAGAGUGAUUGCUGGGACAACAAUAAAUCGACUUUUGUAUAGAGUAAAUAUUGUAGAGUCCAGGAUGAUGAGAAAUGUCCUUGGUACUGUUGAAACGUAUUUUGUUUUAAUGAUAAGAAUGUUUUUGUAGUAGGUUUACAAAAAAAAAUAUAUGUAUUUCUAUUGCAAGAUAA